AGAUAUAAUAGAGGAAUCUACGGUCAUUCUCAUGUACAAAGUUAAUUUGGCCAUUAAAAUCCCACACAAUUAAAACCCUCUCCUCUUUUGCUUCUCCCCCUUCUCUUUCUCUCUGUUUGCAGGGGAGAAAAAGCUAUACGAUUUGAUGUCUCAAGAAAGGGCUUAUUAGACAAAAGAAAAGAGAGAGGGAGUGAAGAAGAGGAAAGGGAGAAAGAAAGGAAAAAAAAAAAGAGAGGAAAACAAUAAAAAGGUCCUUUCUUUUUGGCACUCUCUCUUCUUCUCACCCUUUCCCUUUUAUUAGGCUAAUGCCAAGCUUGCUCUGAAGAGAUGCAGCCAUGACCAUCUUUCUCCUUCACUUUCCCUUUGCCGGACUCUGUUUUAACCGUUCCUCUGUUUCUUAAGAGCAGUGGGAGUAAGGGUUUUUUUCCUUCUUCUGAGACAGAGAAGUGUAAAGAGAGUUGCAGAAGAAGAAAGAAAAAAAAUGGUGGGUUUGAUAGAUCUCAACAUGACGGAGGAAGAGGAACCGACGCCGUCUUCUCGGUCUUUGUUAUCUUCAUCUUCUUCGUCCUCUGCCUCCACUUUGAGCGCUUCCAAUGCCGCCGCUUCACCCCCUGUUUCGGUUUGCUUGGAGCUAUGGCAUGCCUGUGCUGGUCCACUGAUAUCUCUGCCCAAGAAAGGCAGCGUGGUUGUUUACUUGCCGCAGGGACACGUGGAGCAGCUCGCUGAUUCUUCGCCGCCGGCGGGGGCGGCCUACGAUCGGCUACCUCCUCAUGUCUUCUGCCGCGUCGUCGAUGUCAAGCUCCAUGCUGAGACUGCAACCGAUGAAGUUUAUGCACAGGUUUCUCUUGUUCCUGAGAAUGAGGUAGGUGAUUCUGGUCAAAGUGAGGUUAAGUUGAGGGGAAUUGAAGGGGAGGAAGAUGGUGAACUUGUUGGCAAGGCUUCAACAACACCCCACAUGUUCUGCAAGACCCUCACAGCUUCUGAUACCAGCACUCAUGGCGGCUUUUCAGUCCCUCGUCGAGCUGCUGAGGACUGCUUCCCUCCAUUGGACUACACUCAGCAGAGGCCGUCGCAGGAGUUGGUGGCAAAGGAUCUCCAUGGCUUCGAGUGGAGAUUUCGCCAUAUCUAUCGAGGGCAACCAAGGAGGCACUUGCUCACUACUGGCUGGAGCGCGUUUGUGAAUAGGAAGAAGCUUGUUUCUGGUGAUGCUGUUCUGUUUCUUAGGGGUGAAGAUGGUGAACUUAGGCUUGGUGUGAGGAGAGCAGCACAAGUGAAACCAUCUUCUGCUGCUAUGCCUGUUCUUUGUAGUCAGCUCCCUAAUCAUAGCAGCCUUUCAGAUGUUGCUAAUGCUGUUGCUCUAAGGACUGUUUUCAAUGUCUGCUACAACCCGAGGGUAAGCUCGUCGGAAUUUGUGAUUCCACUGAACAAGUUCAUGAAGAGCCUUGACUACUCCUUUUGUGCUGGAAUGAGAUUUAAGAUGCGAUUUGAAACCGAAGAUGCAGCUGAAAGAAGGUAUUCUGGUAUGAUAACCGGGAUCAGUGACCUGGACCCUGCUAGGUGGCCAGGAUCAAAAUGGAGAUGCCUUAUGGUAAGGUGGGAUGAUAUGGAGGUGAAUCGGCACAGCAGGGUGUCUCCAUGGGAGAUUGAGGCUUCUGGCUCAAUAUCCAGCAGUUGCCACAGCUUUCUGGGACCUGUUCUCAAAAGAACCAGGUCAGCAUUGCCUUCAUCAAUGCCAGAAUUCCCAGUUCCUGAUGGAAUUGGGGCACCAGACUUUGGGGAAUCUUCUUCUAGGUUCCAUAAGGUCUUGCAAGGUCAAGAAAUUUCGAGCUUCAACACCCGUUUUGAUGCAGAUCAAAUGAGGUGUUUCCGUGGUCCUCCACCCGACAUGUCCUACAAGAAAGGCAUAGGCUUUGGUGAAUCCCUUGGAUUCCAUAGGGUCUUGCAAGGUCAAGAAAUUUUCCCAAGCUCCAGAACUGGUUGGUCUGCUGCCACGAUGCGGCCCGCUGCUGCACAACAGCAAGCACCAUCAUCCUCUCCACCAUCUGUGCUAAUGUUUCAGCAAGGCAGCAACUCAGCUCUUCAGAAUCCUGGUGGAGGAAGGAACAGUAACAGCCAGCCGCAUUGGUUCAGCAACAACGGCACUGCCGGAGCUAAUGGGAUUAUGCAGAUGGGUAUUCAUCCUGUGGAACAACCAUCAUUGCAUGAGCCUGUGAUUCCAUUUAUGAGUGUUGGUCAGAAUGUGGUGCCGUCUUCAUGCAAGAGCAGCUGUAGACUGUUUGGCUUCUCUUUGACUGAUGAAAGGCGUGGUGGUGGCGUGAACAUGGAGGAUAAGAGCAGCAAUCAUCAAAUAGCUUCUCUUCCUGUUGCUAAUCUUCUUCCUGAAGCUUCUGCCAGGAAGCAGUUCCAUCCCACACCACCUGUGAUAGCCAAUGCUGUUGGGAGAAACUGUACGAAUGGGACUCUGCCACAGUACUAUCCCGAGAACUACCAUAUCUAUUGACUUGAAGGUGAAAGAAUGAAUGUGAUUGUGAAGAAAAUGUCUUUGUUUGUGGGUUUGCUGUAUAUUGUCGUGAGCAGAUUUCAGACUGUUAACUGCUGCUGUUGUUGCAACUUUGCUUGGUAGUUUGCUGUUGGUUGUAGUAGUCUUCGUACCCAGUUGAGAAAAGGCUAACACAAUGUCCAAUAUUUAAUGUAUUGCUUAUGUUUAUUGGAGCUGGCUGACUCUUUUCAAAUAUCGGAUUGGAACCUUGCUAUAUGCUUG